AGAUGCUACCAGGUCAGGGAUUGUUUUUUGACAGCGCAGGAAGAGCAACUGUCAAAUUUCUGAAAAGUUUACUGAAUGAAGUAAGAGCCGAGGAAUUUAGUAUGCACUUUUAUUUCUGAUAUCAAAGUUAAUACGUUGAUAUUAUUAAAAUUCACUAAAUUACAGUGGUUUGGCUCUCUGACGGCUUUGAGCUGGUUGGUUUGAACCAGCAGCGUCGCUGUCAGCAGUUCAAAGUCUGCGCAUUCAGUUUCUGUUACCCAACCGCGGUGUUCAUCCAGAGAUGGCAGAUGUUCCCAAAACACUGAACUUUAACGUCGGUGUCCUCGGCCAUGUGGACAGCGGGAAAACAUCUCUCGCCCGGGCGCUGAGCAGCACCGCAUCCACCGCAGCCUUCGACAAGAACCCACAGUCCAAAGAGCGGGGCAUAACGCUGGAUCUCGGCUUCAGUGCGUUCACGGUGCCGUUACCGGAGCACCUGAGAGAGUCCUGCGGGGAAAAACAAUACGACAGUCUGCAGUUCACAUUGGUGGACUGUCCAGGACAUGCCUCCCUCAUACGCACCAUCAUCGGGGGUGCUCAGAUCAUUGAUCUGAUGAUGUUGGUGGUUGACGUUGUGAAAGGAAUGCAAACACAAACAGCAGAGUGCCUUUUGAUUGGUCAGCUCACCUGCUCCCGCAUGGUCGUCAUCCUCAACAAAACAGACCUCUUGCCUAGCGACAAAAGACAAGCGGCUAUUGACAAAAUGACCAAGAGGAUGCACAAAACUCUGGAGAACACAAGAUUUAAAGACUGCCCUAUUAUUGCUGUGGCAGCAAAGCCAGGUGGUCCAGAGGCCCCGGAUACAGAUGAGCCUCAGGGAAUUACUGAACUCAUAGAUUUACUAAAGGCCCAGUCGUUCCUUCCUCAUAGAGAUCCGUCAGGCUCUCUUCUGAUGGCCGUAGAUCACUGCUUCUCCAUCCGUGGCCAGGGAACUGUCAUUACUGGCACAAUCCUACAAGGGUCACUCAGUGUUAAUGAUAAUGUGGAGAUACCAGCGUUAAAGGUCACUCGGAAGGUCAAAUCUGUGCAGAUGUUUCGCAAGCCGGUGCCUAGUGCUAUGCAGGGGGAUCGGGUUGGCGUGUGCGUGACACAGUUUGACCCAAAACUGCUAGAACGAGGUGUUGUUUGCACACCAGGUUCAUUGCAGACUCUUUACGCCGCUAUUAUAUCCGUCCAAAAGAUUGAAUACUACCGCGGAGCACUUCACAGCCGUGCAAAGUUUCACAUCACUGUUGGACAUGAAACCGUUAUGGCGCGCAUCUCCUUUUUCAAUCGAGUGCUUCCAGCCAAUGAAAACGGAGACUGUAAGCCCACAUCUCAAGAGCAAAGUCCAAACUCUUUCUCAUUUGACUGGGAGUUUCAUCACCUGGAUGAGCAUUUGACUAGUCAGGCAGAAGGUGGGAAAGGGGAACCACAGCAGUGGGCUUUGCUGGAGUUUGAACGACCGGUCACAUGUCCACCCCUUUGCUUAGUGAUUGGGUCACGACUGGACUCAGAUAUUCAUGGUAACACUUGCAGGCUCGCUUUUCACGGAAAGCUUCUGGAAGGCUUUGAGGACAAAAACUACACGGAGACAGCACUGCCUCGACUCAAAAUCAGCAAAGACAAGCAGAAAGAAGGAGCAGUGGAACGGGUGACAGAUGACUAUACUGUGAUUGGUCGAAACCUGUUUAAGAAGGAGACAAACCUUCAGCUAUUCGUGGGUUUAAAAGUCACACUGUCAACGGGGGAAGCGGGGUCCAUUGAAGGUGGAUUUGGCCAAAGUGGAAAGAUCAAAAUCCGAAUACCAGAGGGACUGAAAGAAGAAACCAAGCAGCUUCUCUCCUCUUCCUCUAAGAAGAAGGGAAAGGGUGGGUCAAAGAAUGAAUCCCCCAAAUCGGAGGAAGCCAAGCCAGAUGCUCAGCCAGUCACCAUACACCUGAACUUUAAACGCUAUAUAUAUGAUCCCCACAAAAAGAUGGUACAGUCCUGACCCUCAGACUUAAAUCUACUAAAACUAGGAUGUGCAGCAGAAAACGUUGAAGUUUAAUUAUGAUAUUUUGCAUU